UUUGCGUGCCUGUCGUUUGGCGCCAUGUCAGCACCGGUGCCGUGAAUCCCCCCACCCGCGACGAGGCCAAGAUGUCGUGCUGAGGGAACCGAAUGGCGCCGUCUAAAAAUUCGUGAUAAAGCCGCCGAUUUCUCGCCAGUUUCUGAAGAUGGCCUACGUAAAAGUGCCUGCGCACGGAUGCCAGCAGCACGAUUACCCGGGCGGCGGUGUGGCGACUUGUCAGCACAUCUCGAGUAGCUGCUGCCCUUCUUUCUCCGGCGGCGAGGGCAGCUUCGCCGAGUGGCGGUGCAGCCAGUGCUGCGUGUCGCGGCCCCACUGCAGCACGGCCGACUCGCCGCCCCCCGUCAGCCCCUCGCAGGCAGCCGCAUCCACGAUUGACGGGAGGAAAAAUCGAGCAGGGUUCUUCGGUGAGGGUGAGGGCAAGUGCCUGAUGGAAAGCAGACUGAUGGGCAGCAGCUCGGAAAACCGCGAGCACGCCUGCGCUAGGGAGGCCUUCCCUAGGGCUGGCAACAGUCAGGUGCUGGGUGAGAUCCAGUCCAGUGCCGCCGAUGAGCUCUCCAAGGCCUCGCACCUCCUCAAAGAAUCGGCCGCUGCUCUUGACAACUGGCCUGACCGACAGCAAGAGUUGGAAGCUGUUCGCUCGCAACUGCGACCUCUGAGACAUCACUCGACCUUCCACAAGCAAGAAACCAAACGGAUGCGUACUGAGCCUUUGCUGAUCGCCCCAGCGGCCUCUGCUGCAGCCACCAAACGGCCAAGAGAAGUCUCUCCAAGCAUGCCGGCCGUCCAGCGCCUCUGGGAGUCAAACAGCAAUAUUGCUGACAACGAAUCCAGUGACAUCCCAAUUGAUGAUGAGUAUGAGGACGAAGAGCUGCAGACUGUGUCUGAUGAGUCGAGCGAUCCAGGCUCCAAUACUCCAUCGGUGGUUGGAGAAACCUUGGGCAGUAUAUCACUAACCGACUCUGCGCUGUCCAAGACCUCGAGUUGUAGUGGUCUGACAGCCCCGAGCCUCGCCACCAAGACAGGGAAUCAAAAUGAGCCACCGUUGAGGAACAGUUUGUUCUCAUAUGUGCCGCCAUAUGUGCGCUUCCAAAUGCCAAUCGAUGGGGCACAGGGUGAAGAAAUUGGCCUCCCUGCAGAGGUUAAGAGACUGCUCAAGUGGAAGCUCAGUCCCAUAACUCCGCUUGUUGUCAGGAGGACUCUGCUGCGUUCAAACUUCAGAUUAGUAAAAACAACAAAUGAUUGGGCUGGCACUUGGGGAAAACAUAUGAAGUCGGCACUGUUUACUAGCAUCAAAGACUACCAGAAGAUGAACCACUUCCCAGGCACCUUUCAAAUUGGCCGCAAAGACCGCCUGUGGCGCAACCUGCACAAGCUAAUGCAGAAGUUUGGCAAAAAGGAGUUUGGCUUCAUGCCCAAGACCUACGUUCUACCUCAAGAUCUCCGCCUCCUUCGCCAAGCGUGGGAGAAGACUUGCGGCAUUGAAAAGUGGAUAGUUAAGCCGCCGGCGUCAGCAAGAGGGACAGGAAUUCGUGUUGUGCACAAGUGGUCGCAGAUCCCAAAGAAGCGUCCGCUAGUGGUGCAGCGUUACAUUGCGCAACCAUACCUCAUCAAUGGCAGCAAGUUUGACCUGCGAUUGUAUGUGUUCGUGAGCAGCGUCGACCCUCUGCGCAUCUACCUCUACGACGAUGGUCUCGUCAGAUUUGCCUCUGUGAAAUACUCGAAUGAUAUGAGCAGCCUUCAUGACCGCUACAUGCACCUCACAAACUACAGCAUCAACAAGAAUAGUUCUCAUUACACACAGAACGAGGACGCCGACGCUUGCCAGGGACAUAAAUGGACUGUGAAAUCGCUGUGGACAUAUUUGGCACAGCAAGGAGUGAAUGUGAAUGAGCUGUGGUCUCGACUGGAGGAUCUGGUGGUAAAGACCAUAAUCAGUGGUGAAUCCUCAAUUGCGCCACUCAUUCGAGAACAUGUUUCCUCACGCUACUGUUGCUACGAGCUGUUUGGGGUUGACGUCUUACUAGACGAGCACCUCAAUCCGUGGCUCUUGGAGGUGAAUAUCUCACCCUCGCUGCACUCUUCCUCCCCACUUGACCAGGCUGUGAAAGGACCAAUGGUGUGCAAUUUGCUCAAUAUGGCUGGCUACCACAUUCCCAACAAGCUCCCAUCCUCCAUGCAGAAAGACUUCCUGCGUAAUCUUGCUCCUGAUGUCAAAACAAAUCAGCUGUGCAUUGACAACCGACUCUACUACAUUGGUCUUUCCCGCGAUGAGGCUGCCAAACAGCUCUUCUUUACCAAAGAGGCCUACCAGCGGGAAGACUACCUGGGCCAAAUUCUGCAAAACUUAUCUGCAGACGAUGUACGGCACUUGGUGCAGGCUGAGGAUGAACUGACGCAGGCCGGAGGCUUCAUCAGGGUCUUCCCAACUCCGUACACUCACCGCUACCACCAGUUUUUCGAGGGGCCGCGUUACUAUAACAUGCUUUUCGAUGCAUGGGAGACGCGAUACAACUCUAAUAGAUCCCCAGGAAUUUCAUUACUGGAAGACUUGUGCAAGCAGAAGUACCACCUAAACAUACCAGCGCUGAGUGCCCGCGCCAAGUCGUCUGCAGAAACGGAAUCAGCGACGGAGACAGCGUUGGAGAGCAAAGCACUGCAAGUUCCUGCACCCUCUGAAGAGCCGCAACAUGCAGAGAGUGUCCUGAUUCAGUCCAUUGAAGAGUCCCAAGUUCUAUCUAAUCCAAUGACGACAAAGUCUGCUAGAGCGUUAGCACAACAGGCACUAAUGAAGGCCAAAAAGCACCACUUCCCCUGCUGGCGACGCACCUACUGCUUUUCGGCUCUGUCGUCGCGCUGCUUCAAAGCCACCAGGGCCAAGCUGCAAAAGACAAUGACCAAAAGCAACUCAGCGUGACCCUCGUGCCUUGCCUGAAGAAGCGCUCCUCCAGUGAAGUGCACACACUAUCAAGUUGUCAGUCAAUGUUGGGAGAAAAAUCACUAUUUUGCAUGUACUACUUAUUGUUGCUAGCUUGUAGCUCAAGACACUAUUUUAUGACAAACACGCAUUUUGCCAGCUAGCCUCGAUUGACUUGUUUUAUAGAACGAAAAUGCUCAUUCGGUGUUUUAGAUCCAUAAAGACUCCCUCAAACGCUUUGAACUCAUUUAAUUGUAAUGCGAGAAAAUUUAAUAAUGAUUAAAUCAAUUAACCAAAAAAACAAGCGUUGAUUCCCAGGAUUUAUUUAUAAAAAAAUUAUUUAGGAAUAAAAUUUUUUUAAUAAACUGGAAA